AUGACUACCACAAACCUGGUCGGUGUUAUUGAGCCAUAUGUUGUUGGUAAUUCUUUUACAGAAUAUGCCGAAAGAUUUGAAGAGUUUUUUGAAUUUAACCAGAUUGACGAUAAUAGGAAAAGAUCAACCUUUUGCACCCUCAGUGGUCCGGCAAUUUAUUCGGAAAUAAAACUGCUUUUUCCUGGAAAAAAAGUAAAGGAAUUAUCUUAUGCUGAGAUCAUACAAAAAUUAAAAUCGCGCUAUGAUAAAGUCGAUUCUGACGUGAUUAAGUGUUUCAAAUUCAACACUCGGGUGCAAAGGGCAGAUGAAACCACUGAAAGUUUCAUUCUUGACCUCAAGCUUCAAGCUUCCUUAUGUGAUUUUGGCACUUAUAAGGACAAAGCAAUUAGAGACCGCAUUUUGGUGGGCGUUUACGAUAAAAAUUUACAAAAGCAACUUCUAAAAGAGGAAAAAUUGACGCUAGCAGAUGCAGAAAGAAUUAUAACAAAUUAUGAGCUUGCUAAUACACGUGCGGCGGCCAUCAACAAUGAAGGACAACAAGUGGCUUCCGUAAAACAGCGAUUGGGUCGAAGGGCGGUUUAUGAUCAGAAUAGGCAGAACAAUUAUUACAAUCGGCGAGAUCAAGGGCGAGAUCGCAGUCGCAGUAGAAGUAGAAGUGCAAGCUUCCAAAGAAGAGUAAGGUUUAGUGACGAUGCAAGAAGGAAAGAUCAGUAUGCUAAUUAUUAUUGUAAUAAUUGUGGUAUGAAGGGCCAUAUUAAACGCCAAUGCCGUAAUACUGGAGGAUCAAAUAUGAGAGAUAACAGUAUUAGCAAGGUGCAAAGUGUGGUUGUACCAUCUACAAACGUACAGUACACUUUGAAGCAAGCGAUGAAUCGAUUGAAGAUGGAGAUGAGUGAUGAGUCGGGUGAGGAUUCAGCAGGUGGCAAUUGGAAACGUAGCUACAAAUGCGCAUCGAAACCAACUGAAGAUACCGAGUACUAAACCGCCCACCUUGAACGUAAUGGUCCCGGUUAUCUCUAGCAAGAGGAGCCGGGUGGUAACGGUGAGCG